CUACACUUCCCACGACCAGAGGUUCUAUUCUCAUCCUUCUCCUUGCGCCCUUGGACGACUGCAAAAUAGUCCCCGAGGGCGAGCCGCUGUGAUUGGAGCACGAGGACGAGCGGAUGGUUUCCGCUCAGAAGGAAAGACUUGUCUGAUGGCGCCCGGCAAUUGGCUGGCGGGAAGGCGUGUGAAACUUGAGGGAGGAGAGACAGACCCCUUAGCUACAUCCCCCACAUGCGUGCAGCGGAGACUAUCCUCCCUCGAGAGUAAGCGUGGGAGGCAAAGAGACCUUCCGCCGCGUAAAGCCGACUCGACCCGGAAACAGUCUUUUAAAAAAAGUAUCCGUGCCCUGGAGGGGCGGGGAGGAUUGGUGUGUCUGGAACGGGGGACAGCUUCGCAGGUUGCUAAGCGACGAGGCAGGAGCGCGCGCGCUCGCAAGCUGCUGGAGGAAGACACCUGAGGAAACAGCGGCGGCAGCGGAUCCCAGAGACCCGGGAGACCAGGCUAGCACGCCGCGCCCUGCCGGCUCCUACCCCAGCGAAAGGAACGUUCCUCCCCGGGCAUUGUCCGGUGACGAGACGAGGGCUUUGCUGGGGCGGCCCCUCACCGCGCGUCUUCGCCACAGCGGAGGCAGAUGAGAUGCUGCCUGAAAUGAGGACAAGCAUAUGUGUCUGCCAGGCAGAUUUUCCCAUCCCGAAGCUGUGAGCUGGGAACUCUAUCUAGGUCUCCCUGUGGGUGGCAACAAUUCAGCUACUUGAGCAUCACUCCUGCUCCCCCAAGAUCCUCAUUAGCAGAAGCUGGAACCAGGACCUGGGGCUGGAUAUCAAACCCAGAAGGCCAUUAUAAAUUCUGGACAAAAUGCAAAAAACCUACAAUGCUCUGAAGGCACUGGAGAAUGACCACCAGCAGGCACAAAUUGAAGGGGGAAUCAAUACUUGGAAAGAGAAUAACACUGCAUAAAUGAAAAUGAGAUUUUGUUGCCAGCAGACCUACAUUACAAAAAAUACUGAAGAGAGUUCUUCAGGCUGAAAGGACAUGAUACCAGAUGGAAACUUGGAUCUUUGGAAGAAUGAAGAGCACCAGAAAUGGACAGAGAUUACGUCUGCCGUCAGAUGUCUUUCUGCUUGACUGAACUACACCUGUGGUCUUUGAAGAAUACCUUACACAUUGAGGAUAGAGACAUCGGGAUCUACCAGUAUUAUGACAAGAAAGAUCCAUCAGCGACAGAGCAUGGUAACUUAGAAGAAAAGCAGAGGCUGGCAGAAUCCCGAGAUUAUCCUUGGACGCUCAAAAAUAGACGACCAGACAAACUUCGAGACUCACUCAAAGAGUUGGAGGAGCUGAUGCAAAACAGUCAGUGUGUGCUGAGCAAAUGGAAGAACAAAUAUGUCUGUCAGCUCCUCUUUGGUUCAGGUGUGCUGGUGUCCCUAAGCCUUUCUGGGCCACAGCUGGAGAAAGUGGUGAUUGACAGAAGCCUGGUGGGGAAGCUCAUCUCAGACACCAUCAGUGAUGCUCUUCUCACAGACAGUUUCAUCAUCUUAUCAUUUUUGGCACAAAACAAGCUAUGUUUUAUUCAGUUUGCCAAGAAGAUGGAUUCUCCUGAUAUAAACAAAAGACUGGAAAAACUCUCAGCUCUGGAUUAUAAGAUUUCCUAUUAUGAAAUACCUGGCCCAGUAAACAGGAAAACAGAACGUCAUCUAGCUAUCAAUUGUGUUCAGGAUAUAUUUGUUUGCUGGUGGCCACUAGUCAACGAUGAUGCUUGGCCUUGGGCCCCCAUUUCUUCUGAGAAGGACAGAGUCAAUCUGCUGCUCCUGGGCUAUGCUCAAGGAAGACUUGAGAUUCUGAGUUCUGUCCGAACAGAAUGGGAUCCAUUGGAUGUUUGCUUUGGCACCAAACAGCCAUAUCAGGUGCUCACAGUGGAACGCUCCAUCAGUGUAGACAAAGAGCCCAUGGCUGACAGUUGCAUCUAUGAAUGUAUUAGAAACAAAAUGCAGUGUGUAUCAGUCACCAGAAUACCACUAAAAUCAAAGGCCAUCAGCUGCUGCAGGAACAUUACUGAAGAAAAACUGAUACUGGGCUGUGAAGAUUCUUCAGUAAUUCUAUAUGAAACUCACCGUAGGGUGACUGUCUUAGCCCAGGCUGAACUUUUACCUUCAUUAAUAAGUUGCCAUCCAAGUGGUACCAUUCUGCUAAUUGGUAGCAAUCAAGGAGAGCUGCAAAUUUUUGAUAUGGCUCUGUCCCCUAUUAAGGUCCAGCUCCUGGCUGAAGACCUCUUACCCAAGAAGACUUUGCAAUUCAAUAAAUUCUUUGCUGUUUCUAGCAGUCUUGUUCAAAUGCAGUGGAUAGCACCUCACGCUGUGUCUCAGAAGUCAGAAAUUGGAGACAUCUUUGAUCUCCUCUUCAUCAGGUUUGACCGAGGACCUAUGGGUGUGCUUCUGUUUAAACUUGGUGUCUUCACUCGAGGACAGCUGGGCCUGGUAGACAUCAUCUUUCAGUACAUUCACUGCGAUGAGAUCUGUGAGGCAAUUAACAUCCUGAGCAGCAUGAACUGGGACACUGUGGGCCACCAGUGCUUUAUCAGCAUGAGUGCCAUUGUAAACCACCUUCUCAGACAAAAGCUUACUCCAGAGAGAGAAGCACAGCUUGAGGCAAGCCUUGGAACCUUCUAUGCUCCAACAAGACCACUUCUGGAUUCAACUGUUUUGGAAUAUAGAGACCAAAUCAGCAAAUAUGCAAGGAGAUUCUUCCAUCACUUGCUCAGGCACCAGAGAUUUGAAAAGGCAUUCCUGCUAGCUGUUGACAUUGGUGCACGUGACCUGUUUAUGGAUAUCCAUUACCUUGCACUAGAUAAGGGUGAAUUGGCACUAGCUGAAGUGGCAAGAAAAAGAGCUAGUGACAUUGAUGCAGAAUCAAUAACCUCUGGAGUUGAACUCCUGGGCCCCUUGGACAGAGGGGAUAUGCUAAAUGAAGCUUUUGUUGGCUUAUCUUUAGCACCUCAAGAGGAAGACUCCUUUCCAGAUAAUCUCCCUUCCUUUGGUUAAUUUCACACACAUAAUCAACAAACAGCACUGAAUGGUUCCUCUCAUUGGUAAAAUAUGUUGAAAUUGCUCUAUAUAGGAAAGUCCUUAGUGACAAAAAUUGCUCUGUAAAGGAAAGUAUUUAGUAAUAAGCUAUUUAAUAUUCCUGGUUCAAAUGCAAGCUAAUAGCUAAGCAAGUAUAUUUCAAAAUAUCAAGGGAAAAAUCUGCAUUUUUUUCAUGGCUAAGACUUUACUGCAGUUUCGUCACACAGAAUAGGCAUGAUGGAGGCAGAGGUGAAUGUAAAACAAAUAUUGUUGGGGACUGAAUCCAAGAUGGCUGACUAGGAUACAGUCACAGAAACUCCAGAUGCUCUGGGAUAUGAAAAGAAUAAAGGAAGGACCACAUUUCCAGGGGGCUGACAGAAAUUUUCAAAUGGAAAAAAAACAAUGAAGCAAAAGGUGAGAAAAUAGAAGACGACAACACUGUAGCCAGCUGCUGGCAAUGAGCUACAAUCAUACCAUGUCAAGGAAGGAAGAAAUUGCUGCCCACCCUGACACUCACAGUUUUAGCUGAGAGGGAAUUCUACAGUCACACACUGACUUCUAUCUCAGCCUGGGGAGCUGAUGGGAGUUUAAGCAACUGCCAUGCUUGGAAGAGGGAAAUAGCCUUGCUUCCUUCCCCUCCCUGACUUCCACAAAGUGCCAUGCUCAGCAAUAAGUUGGGCAGUACACCUCUGUUCUGUUCCUACUGGCAUCAGAAUCAGUCAGAAGAGGACAUCACCUUCUUAGAAGUGAGAGGAGUCUACAGCAACCCCUGUCAUACUGAUACUGCCUGAGGGAGAACCUUGUGAGCCACACUGACUUUGAGUCCAGCCUGGAGGGCUGGCCAGGGGCAGGGUGCCCAAUUAACCCUCUGAAAGGAGAGCACAUUGCCUCCUUCCUAACCCCUCCCCCAAAGUCUCCCAGCAACUAGCAGGGAAGAAGCACCAUUUUAAUAAGACAAGUACAGCAUUCCACAGCUUGUACACAACUAGGAUAUUUUAUCUGAGGGAUAAAUCUGUGGUCCUCACUGACUUUUGACUCUGUCCUGAAGGGUUGGCAGGGGCUGAUCCCUACUUAGGACUGAGAGGCACUCCACUCCCCUCACUCUUUCACAGGUGCCCAAACUCAACUGCUUAGGCAGAAUAACAGGCAGUUAGCUCUGGGAAUGCCUCAGCUCUCUCUGUGGACUUGAGAAGGUUCAUGGAGCUGAGAGUGGAUGCCCUUAUCCCUGUGACUGUGAGAACCAUACACACUAGGACUAGGGAAUUCUUUGUAUAAUAGGGCAUGGGGUAUAACUGGGUCUCUUGGUAAUCACUGUGUCUGGUUUCAGAGGCUCAGAGCUCACUGAGUGCCUGGGGUUGGUCAGUGCAGAGGGUUCUCUGCUCACACUGAGUACAGCACAGAUCAUUUUUAUGGUUCAUGUGCCUGCAUGGAUGGGGUGUGUAGCCACUCUGGGCUCACUGUGGGCAUUGAUCACCUUGGCAGAGAAAAGGUGAGGCAGUUAUCACACCAACCAAUGUGAUCUUACCCUCUCCACUGCAGACAAUUGAAGAGAUAUACCAUGCCUAACUGGGGUGUAAACCUGGACUUUUGUACCACCCUCUUGCACCAGUGGAGCUCGCUGGUCUCACCAAGCACACCUUUCUGAAUAUCCACUGAAGGAGCAGACACUCCACUAAACUACAGAGGAAUAUUUCAAAGAUAAAAGCCAUCAAGAAGAAAACUGACAAGUGCUUCCACAAAUGCCUAAAAAUAAAUGUAGCAAUAUAAGAAACGUGAACAAGAAGACAAUAUGACUCCAAAAAGGAACACAACAACACUUCAAUGUUAAAGUGUGAAGUCAAAGACAUUAGUGAAAUGCCUAAAAGGGAAUUCAAAAGAAUGAUAAGAUUACUAAAAACAGUGAGAAGAAAAUUCAUGAGUAAAAGAAAUCCAUACAGGACAAGGAUAAAAAAAUGUUGCCAGAAGAUAGAGAUAUUGAAGAGAAAUCAAACUGAAAUAUUAGAACUGAAGAAUUCAGUAUGUCAAAUAAAAAAUAUGGAGGUUGGGGGGGGCAGGAAGCCAUAACAACAGAGUUGGUGAGGCAGAAGAAAGAAUAUCCAACACAAAAGACAAUGUUUGGAACUAUCU